AUGGCUUUUCGCAUGCUUAUACUGGCCCUGGCUCCCUUGCUAGCCUUUUAUCUGUACGAUAGGUUCUGUCAUAUCCGUUUAAAGCAAUAUGCUGGUUUUCCACAGUUGAAGCCGUCCUUGCCCUGGGGCCAUCUAAAAGCUUUGCAUGAGUUCAUUGCCCGCGGUAAGACCGAUAGACAUAUUGACAUUGUGUUCCUCGAGAUCAAAAGACAUCUCGGCAAUGCGCCCCUAUUCAUUUUGGACCUUCGGCCCGUCCAAUACGUGCUGUGCGUGGUCGGGAACCACGAAGUGGCCGAACAGAUCUCGAAAAGCACCAAGAGCUUUCCGUAUAGCAUGCAUAAGUCACCAACGAUGCGGCUGUAUGAACGCUUACUUGGUCCGAGAUCCAUCUUGACUGCCGAGGCUGAAGAAUGGAAAGGCCUUCGCAAGCGAUUCAACCCUGGCUUUGCGCCAAAGCAUCUCGUGACGCUCUUGCCUGCGAUUAUGGAUAAGGCAGGGCAAUUUUUGAGGAACCUUGACCGAUAUGCUGCCAGUGGCGAGGCUUUUAGGUUGGAUAAACUGUGCAGCAACCUCACGUUUGACAUCAUCGGCGCGGUGACCAUGGGCAUUGAAUUCAAUGCCCAGCUCGACGAGGAGCACCAAAGUGAAUUUGUCCAGCUCUAUCGUGAACUGACCGCCAGUUACCAAAGCGGCAGUAGUAGCAACAGGAGCGUGCAGUGGACCUGGCUAUUGAGCCCGCGAACAGCUCUACAUCGACGACAAUUAGAUCAUCGAAUUGAUCUGCUGCUGAAAAAACACAUUCAAAGUGUCUUCGCGGAGCGGCAGCAAUCUGAGAGUACCGGGAGUAGAAAAGACCGCAGUGUGCUUUCUCUCAGUCUCCAGGGAGCCGAUGAUCUAGACUCCAAUAUAUUAGACCAGACUUGCGACCAACUGAAGAGCUUCCUUUUCGCCGGUCACGACACGACCAGCAUUGUACUGCAAUGGGCGUUUUACGAGCUCAGUCGCACCCCGCACGUCCUGCAGGCCAUCCGGGAUGAGCUUGAUGGGAUAUUUGGAGUUGACUCUGGCAUUGGCCAGAUGCGAGACAAGCUGUGCUCUUCCCAGGGUGAGGAACUGAUUAGCCGCAUGUACUACGUGUCCGCUGUGAUCAAGGAGAUAAUGCGACUCUAUCCACCCUCUGGGACAGCGCGGUAUAUGAGCCCUGGCUCCGGAUUCACUGUCCAACUUCCGGACGAUGGAGGUACUCUGUGCUUGGACGGGAUGGUUGUGUAUAACUGCGAGACACUCGUGCAUCGCGACGAAGCUGUGUACGGUGACACCAAGGAUGAUUUUAUCCCGGAGCGCUGGCUCGACAGCAACACUCACCGGACACCGCCCAGUGCCUGGCGACCGUUCGAGCGGGGUCCGCGCAAUUGCAUCGGACAAGAAUUGGCGAUGUUGGAGGCGCGGGUGAUUAUAGCAUGUGCCGUUCGACGAUAUGACUUUUCUAAGGUUGGACUGGGAGCUGUAAAGCGUGAUGGCCAGGCAAGACCGGAAUUGAACGACAAGGGGCAGUAUGAUGUGGAAUCGCCGUUGUAUAACAUAAUGCAAGUAACAGCAAAGCCGGUUGAUGGCACGAGGAUGAGAGUUUCAACUGUCGGGCACGUUGGGGGUGUCAGUCCUUGA